UGGUUCGAUUUACUUACCUUUCUGUCUGUCGUCUGACUUAAUAAGAAAAAUUAUAAUAAUUUUUAUUUGAAGUGAGUUUAAUACUUAUUUUUUUGUGUAUUUGUUAUUGAUUUAAGUUAUAAUACAUCGGAAUAAAAGAAACCCACGAAGAUAAGUGACCAUCCGCCAGGUUCAAUCUUAUGUAGACAGAAUUUUUUAGUCAAUCUCCAAAAAAUAUUGAAGUACUAUGCCUCUUUUUGGUAAAUCUCAGAAGAGCCCAGCGGAGCUUGUGAGAUCUUUAAAAGAUGCUGUGACUGCCUUAGAGAGGGGCGAUAAAAAAGCGGAGAAAGCCCAAGAAGAUGUCAGUAAAAAUUUGGUUCUAAUAAAAAACAUGCUCUAUGGUACGUCUGAUGCGGAACCACAAACUGACAUCAUUGUUGCACAGCUGGCACAAGAACUAUACAAUACAAAUUUAUUGCUGCUACUCAUUCAGAACCUCAAUCGUAUUGACUUUGAAGGCAAGAAGGAUGUGGCUCAGGUAUUCAAUAAUGUGUUGAGGCGUCAGAUUGGUACUAGAUCUCCUACUGUGGAGUAUAUAUGUACCAAGCCGGAAAUUCUCUUCACUUUGAUGUCUGGAUAUGAACAUCAGGAGAUUGCAUCGAAUUGUGGCACAAUGCUGCGAGAAUGCGCCAGAUACGAGGCCUUGGCUAAAAUUAUGCUAUAUUCAGAUGACUUUUAUAAUUUCUUUCGUUAUGUAGAAGUUUCCACAUUUGAUAUUGCCUCAGAUGCCUUUUCUACUUUUAAGGAAUUAUUAACGCGACACAAAAUGUUGUGUGCGGAAUUUUUAGAAGCAAACUAUGAUAAAGUGUUUAGCCAUUAUCAACGGCUACUGAAUUCGGAGAACUAUGUAACACGACGGCAGAGCCUCAAAUUGCUCGGGGAAUUACUCCUUGACAGGCACAACUUCUCCAUCAUGACACGUUACAUCACCAACCCUGAUAAUCUUAAACUUAUGAUGAAUAUGCUAAAAGAGAAAUCACGUAAUAUACAAUUUGAGGCUUUCCACGUUUUUAAGGUAUUUGUAGCGAAUCCAAAUAAACCAAAACCAAUUCUGGAUAUACUGCUGAGGAAUCAAGAUAAGUUGGUGGACUUCCUUACUAAGUUCCACACGGAUCGAUCUGAGGAUGAACAAUUCAACGAUGAGAAGGCUUACCUUAUAAAACAAAUCAAAGAGCUAAAACCGGUGGAUCACUAACAUUUAUUGCAUUUCAUAAAAUCGCCACUUGCUCCUCAGGAAGAAAUUAGUUAUAGAUGCUAUUAUAUUUAACGCUUCUAAGUCACCGGAGAGUGUUGUCCGCGCAGCGAACACACAGCGUUCAGUAGAAAACAUUGGAAUUCUAAACGGAUUUUACAUUUGGUCUGUGAUGAGUCAGGGAAGAAAGUAUAUUUGUGCUACGAGCAAAUUACAUUUUUAAUAAAGAUUUGUAGGAAUUAGCGUAACUUAUGGUUUGACUUAUUCCUUUGUAAGUUGUUUAAACCAUUUUAGUUAAUAUGACUUAUUUAGUGACAGUUAUGAAGUCACAAUCGACAAUACAUAUUGUCACAUUAGGCUACGUGUCCCUCAGUUCAGCGUUUUGGAAAGGCAAAAUAUUUAAGCAUGUCAACUUAAGAACUUCAUCAAGAUAACAGAGGAGACUUGUAUAUAAUCAUGUAUGACAUUUUUAUUACAAUAUUUAUUUGGUAUAUUUUUUUGUUUUCUAAAUCAACAAAUUCUGAAGUAUAAGUUGUUGAACAGAUAACAAAUAACGUUAUUGCGGUCAGUAUUGGUUACAACUUUCUUUGUAUAUAUAAUAUAUUGUAUUUGAUAAAGUAUAUUUUACCAUAAUGUUAUUUUAUAUUAUAAAUAUCGAAGACUUAUUUCCAUAUUUUGCUUAGUAGUAGUACCUCUGUAGUUAAAAUACAUUCAUAAAAGAUAUUGUGUUAAAUAUUUAAGUACUAGAUAUUGUUGUAUGUUUCUAAAAUUUUUGUAUAAUAAUUUUAUAUUAUAUCAUUUCUUUGUCACCAUCAAAUUUG